AUGAACAGCCCCGUGACAAAGGAGAAUAAUCGAACCCCUAUCAACCAAAGCUCACCUGCCGCAUCGAGUCUACGUAAUCGCAGGUCCGAGAUCGAGCAGGAGCUUUGUAAGAUCAAACUCUACAUCCGAGGCUUCAAGACGCGCGCCAGAGAGAUACUUGACGAAAUCAAAAUCUACCAGAAGGAUGUGCCUCGCGAAUACUGGAAGGACAUGGAUCAGCUGAGGUCUGCGCUCAAGGAGAUAAAGCGAGAAUUGGAAAAGUUGAGGACGCUCAAACGACGCCUAAGAUAUGAGGCCAAGGAGCUGAGAAAAGAAGGUAAUCGACUGGUUCGCUAG